AUGAUUAACUACUGCACGGGAGACAAGAAGACUGUCGGGUACUGCGACACACUAUCUUACAUCGACACGACUGCAGCCGCUGCAAACCCACCCAGAGCGGAUGAUUGCCAGGACACCUGCCGGGGUAUCUUGCAAGAUGCCGGGGACUGGUCUGUAGAUUUCCGAGGCAAACCAGAAGGCUACCGCCAGCGUAUGUAUCAAGCAACUUGCGGCUUUGAAAUGGGACCUAUACCAAACACAUCGCAUGAGUUCCAGUUUGAUAUGGAUAAUCAGGAUAUCGUUGAUAUCAUGGAUGAAACGGUUAGGCGGUUUGCGCGAUUGCAUGGGGGGAGAGUGGCGGCUGAGGGAAGAGUAAAGUGUGGUGGACAUGAAGCUAUGUGGUACAUUACGCGGGAUGCCUUGUAA